AUGCCUCCCGACCCAACCGUAGACGAUGAAGAGUACGAGUCGUCCCAGGACUCAGACUUUGCUCCCGAAGACGCUGCCGCAGCCGACGAUGGCGCUUCCGAAGCGUCCGAUUCCGAAGCCGACGACGGCGAAAAUGAAGCAAAGACCACCACCAAGCGCAAGCGCGACGCUGGCGGCGAUGAGACUGCAGAUUUCGAAAACUCGGGCGACGAGGCCUUGAUCAAGAAGGCGGCGAAGAAGAAGCUCAAGAAGGCCGCCAGGGAUGCAGCUGCCGCCCUGGCGCUGGGCGAGGAGGACGAGGGAGGCGAAGGAGGAUUGGUGAAGACGCGAAGCAUGCGCGCUGCAGAAAAAGAAGAGCGCAAAGUCGCGGCCGCAUCCGGCCCGGUAACGGUAGACGUCGAUGCAAUCUGGGCACAAAUGCUAGCCGGCCAGACGGCGACAGCACCGAGCGGCGAGAAAGAGGCCGGAGGGGAAGCCGAGCCCGAGGCCGCAGCAGCCGACACGAGCAAGCCGGACGAAGCCCAGGGAGGCGACCCAUCAGACAAGAUCCGCAUCAAACGGACCUACAACUUCGCAGGCAAAGUGCACACGGAAGAAAAGGUCGUGGCGCGCUCCUCAGCCGAGGCAAAGCUCUACCUCGCCUCCCUCGGCAAGGACGCGGCCGCCGCGGAAACCGCGGGCGCGGACGCGGACGCGGAGAACGGGGACGGGGAGCCGAAACGCGUCCUCAAGAAGGCGUUCCGCUCGGCGUUUGAGCCCGUCAUCGAGAUCGUCAGCCAGCGCUCGGAUCUGAACCUCGGCAUGACGGUGCGGAUCAAGGCGAGGGAGAAGGAGGCGCAGGCCAAAAAGCUCAAUACGGUCCAGAAGAGCAAGAUGGACUGGGCCGGGUUCGUGGACAAGGAGGGCCUCAAGGACGAGCUCGAGCUGGCGGGCAGGGCCAAGGGGUCGUACGCCGAGAGGCAGGAUUUCCUGGCGCGCAGCGAGGCCAAGAGGGAAGACGAUGCGCGGCGGGCGAGGAUGACUGGCCGCGUGCCGUAA